AUGGCACCAAAAGGAAAGGUCUACAGAGGGUCGGUGAAGGACUUCCCAGGAUUUGAUGCCAGCCAGGACGCAGAGGCCUUGUACAAUGCCAUGAAAGGAUUUGGCAGUGACAAGGAGGCCAUCCUCGACCUCAUCACGUCCAGAAGCAACAAGCAGCGAGUGGAGAUCUGCCAAGCCUACAAGUCCCAGUAUGGGAAGGACCUCAUUGCAGACCUCAAGUACGAGCUGACGGGGAAGUUUGAGCGGCUGAUCGUGAGCCUGAUGCGGCCCCCGCCCUACAGCGACGCCAAGGAGAUCAAAGAUGCCAUCGGGGGCAUUGGCACGGAUGAGAAGUGCCUCAUCGAGAUCCUCGCCUCCCGCACCAACCAGGAGAUCCACGACCUGGUGGCUGCCUACAAAGAUGCCUACGAGAGAGAUCUGGAGGCUGACAUCAUUGGGGACACGUCUGGCCACUUCAAGAAGAUGCUCGUUGUCCUUCUUCAGGGCGCCAGAGAGGAGGAUGACGUGGUGAGUGAGGACCUGGUGGAGCAGGAUGCCAAGGACCUGCUGGAAGCUGGUGAGCUGAAAUGGGGCACGGACGAGGCUCAGUUCAUCUACAUCCUUGGCCGGCGAAGCAAGCAGCACCUCCGCCUGGUUUUUGAUGAGUACCUGAAGAUUUCUGGGAAGCCGAUCGAGAGGAGCAUCCGAGCAGAGCUCUCUGGUGACUUUGAGAAGCUGAUGCUGGCAGUGGUGAAGUGCAUCAGAAGCACGGCAGAGUAUUUUGCUGACAGGCUCUACAAGGCCAUGAAGGGGCUGGGCACGAGGGACAACACGCUGAUCCGCAUCAUGGUGUCCCGCAGCGAGAUCGACAUGCUGGACAUCCGGGAGGUGUUCAGGACCAAGUAUGAGAAAUCCCUCUACAACAUGAUAAAGGAGGACACCUCUGGGGAGUACAAGAAGGCCCUUCUGAAGCUGUGUGGAGGGGACGACGAUGCGGCAGGGGAGUUCUUCCCCGAGGCAGCCCAGGUGGCCUAUCGGAUGUGGGAGCUUAGUGCGGUGGCCAAAGUAGAGCUGCGAGGAACCGUGCAGCCUGCGGGAAGCUUCAACGACGAUGGGGACGCACAGGUGCUGAGGAAGGCCAUGAAGGGCCUGGGCACAGAUGAAGGGGCCAUCAUAGACGUGGUGACACAGAGGAGCAAUGCCCAGAGGCAGCAGAUCCUGAAGGCUUACAAGGCUCACUAUGGCAGGGACCUGAUGGCAGACCUGAAAUCUGAGCUGUCGGGCAGCCUGGCCAAGCUGAUCCUGGGGCUGAUGCUGACGCCGGCGCAGUACGAUGCCAAGCAGCUGAGGAAGGCUGUGGAGGGGGCUGGCACGGAUGAGAAAGUCCUCAUUGAAAUCAUGGCCACGCGGAACAACCAGGAGAUCAAGGCUAUCAACGAGGCUUAUCAAGAAGCCUACCACAAGAGUCUGGAAGAUGAUCUCAGCUCCGACACGUCAGGGCAUUUCAAGAGGAUUCUCGUCUCCCUGGCUCUGGGCAACCGUGACGAAGGACCAGAGAACCUCACACAGGCACAUGAGGAUGCCAAGGUUGUUGCUGAGACCCUGAAACUUGCUGAUGUCUCCAGCAACGACUCCAGCGACUCCCUGGAGACCCGGUUCCUCAGCAUCCUCUGCACCCGCAGCUACCCUCACCUCCGCAGAGUGUUUCAGGAGUUCAUCAAAAUGACCAACCAUGACGUGGAGCACGCCAUCAGGAAGCGGAUGUCGGGAGAUGAGAGGGACGCCUUCCUGGCCAUCGUCCGGAGUGUGAAGAACAAGCCGGCCUUCUUCGCUGACAAGCUCUACAAGUCCAUGAAGGGUGCCGGCACCGACGAGAGGACCCUCACCCGGAUCAUGAUUUCCCGGAGCGAGAUCGACCUGUUCAACAUCCGGGGCGAGUUCAUGGACCUCUUUGACAAAUCUCUGCACCACAUGAUCGAGAAGGACACCUCCGGUGACUACCGCAAGGCUCUGCUGGCCCUGUGCGGGGGGGAGGACUAGGUGGCCACGGGAGCCCCUUUGUCAUGUCUGAGCCAGCACGCACCCACCGCCUUGACGUCACUGCAGCUUCGGGGGCUUGGGGGCCGCUCGGCUCCCUGUGCAG